GAGACGCUUUGCUGCGAUGGGGCUCGUCGUGGGGCCACUGUGGCUACUGUGGCUGGUGGCGGCGGCGGGCUGUCGGGGGCGGCUGUUCGAGCGGGCGGCGGUCAGGGAGGCGGCCGAGUACGGCCUCCGUAAGAUGAACGAGCUGGUGUUGGAGACGGAGCCGCGACUCUACAAGAUGGGCAUGCGGCUGAGCAGGGACGAGCCGGCGAGCUACGUGGCCGCCUUCAACGACCAGGGCGAGCGGGCGAGGCGGCUGGCGCGGUUCGGCUACGCCGCGCUGCAGGCCAGUUCCCGGCUCGCGCAGCAGGUGUACGAGGGUCGCGGGCCGGCGCCCGCCAGGUUUCCGCCCGUCUCGCCGCUGGACACGAGGCUGCACGAGCAGUGCCCCGAGGCCAUGGAGGGUCCCGUCGUCGACUGCCACGCCUCCGGCCGCCGCUACCGCCUCCCGGACGGCCGCUGCAACAACCCGGCGCACCCGCGCCGCGGCGCCGCCGUCUCCCGCGCGCGCCGCUUCCUGCCGCCGCUCUACCGCGACGGCCUGGAGCGGGUGCGCGACUCGGUGUCGGGGGGCGCCCUGCCCAGCGCGCGCGCCGUCAGCUCCGCCAUCCACGGGGACCGCGACGUGCAACUGGCCGGGGUGUCGCACAUGGUCAUGCAGUGGGGCCAGUUCCUCGACCACGACCUCACCGCGACUGCCCAGUCCAGAGGUUUCAACGGAUCCGUCCCCAAGUGCUGCGGCGACGGCGGACGAAGCUUCCAGCCACCUGAACUCACCCACCCGGACUGCCUCGCCAUCGCCGUGCCGCCGGGAGACGGCUUCUACGGCCGCCACGGGGUGCGCUGCCUGGAGUUCGUGCGCAGCAGCCCGGCGCCGCGGGCCGGCUGCGCGCUGGGCCCGCGCGAGCAGAUCAACCAGGUCACCUCCUACCUCGACGGCUCGGUCGUGUACGGCAGCGACGAGCGCCGCGCGCGCCGCCUGCGCCUGGGCCGCGACGGCCUGCUGCGCUACAGCCGGGUGCAGUACCGCCUGCCGCUGCUGCCCGCCUCGCCGCCGCCUCAGGGGCUGUGCCGGGGGCGGCGCUGCGUCGAGGCGGGCGACGGCCGCGCCAACGAGCAGCCCGGGCUGACGGCAGUGCACACGCUGUGGCUGCGCGCGCACAACCGCCUGGCCACCGAGCUGGCCCACCUGAACCCGCGCUGGGACGACGACCGUCUGUACCAGGAGGCGCGCCGGCUCGUCGGCGCCAUGCUGCAGCACGUCACCUUCGGCGAGUUCCUGCCCGUCGUGCUGGGAGAGGACGUGAUGAAGAGGUUCGACCUGCAGCUACGACGGAGCGGCCGCUACGACGGCUACGACAUCAGGGCGGACGCGACGAUCGCAAACGCUUUCAGUGCCGCCGCUUUCCGAUUCGGCCACAGCCUGGUGGAGCGCAGUCUGGCGCGCGGCGACCGCAACCACCAGCAGCUCAGCUCCAACGUGUCGCUGCACGAGGAGAUGGCGGACCCGGCCAGUCUGCGCAACAUCGGCGCCGUGGACCGCCUGCUGCUGGGGCUGUGCGCGCAGCCGUCGCAGCGCCGAGACGAGUUCAUCACGGAGCAGCUGACCAACCACCUGUUCCAGGGGCCGGGGCGGGCGUACGGCGCGGACCUGGCCGCCAUCAACAUCCAGCGCGGCCGAGACCACGGCCUGCCGCCCUACGGCGCGUGGAGGCGCCUGUGCGGGCUGCGCCGGCUGUCCGGGUGGGGCGACCUCGCGGGCCUCGUGUCCGCCGACACGCUCCGCCGGCUGCGGGGCGUCUACAGAGACGUCGACGACAUCGACUUGUUCCCCGGAGGAAUGGCGGAGCGCCCCGUGACCGGAGGCCUGGUCGGGCCGACCUUCGCCUGCAUCAUAGCGCAGCAGUUCAGCAACUUGCGCAGAGGGGACCGGUUCUGGUACGAGAACGGCGAGUUCGAGUCGUCCUUCACGCCGGCCCAGCUGCAGCAGCUCAGGAGGGUCACGCUGGCGAGGAUCAUGUGUGACAACCUGGACUCCAUCGACACCAUACAGCCGUUCGUCUUCCUCAUGGCGGACCACGACCGAAACCCACAUGUAUCAUGCAAGCUCAUCCCGCAGUUCGACUUGAAGCCAUGGGUAGAACACCAUAAGGAAUCGCACCCCCACUACCCUGGAGAUGAGACCUACAAUGGCGCUGGACUCCCGUCAGCUAGGCCGGAAAACGAAGCUGAAGAGCUGCCUUCCUAUCCUUCAGAGACCGGCGGCAGUCAGCACAAACCUCAGGCAGAGCAAGUCCUGCCAUCAUUUCUGAUCGACGAAGACCCGUUUGACGAGGAAAAUUCUGCGAGCGCCAGUGAAAGUGUCGUGCCCGCAUUCCUUGUGGAUACUGACAAGCUGGAAACUUCGCAAUCUCCGGACCAUCACUAUGUAACAGCAAGUGUUAAACCUUCUUACCUGAUUGAUGAUAAAUUUCAACAGUCCAAACCAACAGAUCACCACUAUACCUCAGAUGACCCAAGACCUUCACAAUCGAGUUAUGAUAAAUAUAAACCCUCCAGACCCACCCACCUUUACACCACACAGAGUGUAAAACCAUCAUAUCUUGUUGAGGAUAAAUAUCAGUCCAAACCACAUCACCAUUACACCACGGAGAAGACAAAGCCAUCAUAUCUAAUUGAUGACAAAUUUCAGCACAGCUAUAAACCAAAUCACCAAUACACAACCGAAUCGCCUAAUACACCUUCUCGCCCGUCUAUAAUAGUUAUUGAAGAUCAGCAUUACAAUAAACCAAAUCAUCAAUACACAAACGAAUCGCCUAAUACACCUUCUCGCCCGUCUAUAAUAGUUAUUGAAGAUCAGCAUUACAAUAAACCAAAUCAUCAAUACACUACCGAAUCACCCAAUGCACAUUCUCGCCCAUCUAUUAUCAUAAUUGAAGAUUACCAGCAUAACCAUAACCCAAAUAAUCCAUACAAUACUCAGUCGCACAACACAUCAAUUGAAGAAGAAUAUAUAAAACCUCCCAGACCAUUCGGGUCCAAGCCAACUAUCGAGGUGAUCACAACACGUCCACAGAACUCUUUCUCAGAAACUCAUUUCCCUGGCUCCAGCAACCCUGACGAUCACUACGCCGGGUAUCGUCCAUCCGAUUCCGAGGAUCCUAUUUACAUCAUCAUCCCUGGUAAAGAACCGGGGUCCCAGACUUCCGGCUACCACGAGCACAGUCGCCCGGACAAGUACCACUCCACUGGACCUUCUGCCUUCGACAGACCCGCCCACAUGUACGAGGAGUACCUCCUGCCGGGGUCGGACGAACACCGCGUGUCCUCACAGAGACCGGGCCAUCCUCAAACAUUCGCUCACAGCUCCGGGUACAAGUCCACCAGCAGACCGUAUUCCUUCAUAGAGCGUUACAACGAGCCGGUCUACUACUACAACGGUGACAGGAGGGAGCAGCAGGCGAGCAGCUACCUCAAGUACGUAGGACUUUGGUUGCCGGAGGAGUUGGACCCUGAAACAAGCACGAGUCUCGGAGAUGAAGCUUCCCAGGGAAGUGACGGCUCGGGCGACGGCAUUCCAACGGUCGGCAGAGACGACGAGUGGAGUUUCGUCGAAGAUGACGUUGAAGACGACUCGAAAUUGCCGGAAAUGCCUCGGAUUGCCGCUGAUCCGCUAGCCUUGUUCGAAAUACCGAAUCCUAUAGCCCUAUUCGACGAGGAAGAGCUAGGUUCAGGUGACGACAGCAGGUCAUUGGCAUGAGGAAUAAAUGAUUCAUUUAUCAUAGAGACGGAUGGUUUGAGAAUUUAAAAAAAAAAAUUCCUGUAAUUUAUUGAAUGGGUAAAGGUGACACCUCAAAACAACAGCCACUAGAAAAUACAUUUAUCAAAAAAUGCAGAUUUCUUAGGUAAAACUCAGAUGUAUGACUCGUAUGAUUUGGUGCUCGAGAAGAUAACAAAACUUGGGAUUUAACUUUGAACAAUAGAAACAUUAAACUGGUAGGUAUAUUUUCUUUGGAUUCUAUUUAACGAAUAUCUAUUAAAUGUUUGCUGGAAUUGUUCAUAAUAUGUGAGACACAAGACUAAAUGGUGCUCAGUUCAUGAUCUCGUUAUUUAUGAGAAAAUCUUUUCAAUUCAGUAAAUUAUAAAAAGUAAUAUCGCAAGUAGUGAAGUAAUAAAAAGAGUAUGAAAUGAUUAAUAAUCUCUUUAAACAUGUACUUUAUUGAUUAAAUAGAGUGUAGUUAUAUUUUUACACAAACUUUCCACAAACUAAGCUAUUAUUUAUUUUAUAUUUAUUUAUAUAUUUAUUUCAUUAAUAUUUUUAAUAUUCCUUUAAGUGUAAUAGGCAUGUUUCUGGUUUAUUAUAUUAUAAUCUAAUUCCAUUUGUGUGUAAAGUGGAAAUCCUACUUAAUUCUAUAAUAAUUGCUUCCAACUAGUCUUGGUUGAGAUUUGAGGUGAAAAUGUAAUGUUAUAUUUUGUGUAUUUUUAAUAUGAGUUUGAAUGUAUGAAAUAUGUUUCUGACUUGACUAAACGACAAUGUUCUGUGAAAAUUACUACAACUGACUUAAAACUUUUAUUGACUACUCCACUCUGUACAAUGAACAACACACACGAAGACUCUCCCGACGCUGACUUUUGAAAGUAUCCAACCACUAGUUAUCCUUGGCACUAAACUAUCCAUGUUACAUAUCAUCCAAGAAGGAACAUAAACUGAAUGAGUCACAAAUAUCACGCAAUAAUUUAUAUAUUUUUUAAAGAGAAAAUUAUUAAUGAUGAAAAGACUGUUCCACUUAUGAGACACUAAUAAAUAUUAAGUUAAAAUAUUAUAUGCCAACUGAAAACCAAAUCGUUGGUUAAAAAAUCGAAUACGUUCAUUGGUCUAACCGAAAUCAUUUCUCAGUAAAUAGACCCAAACAGUAGUCAAAAUGAUUGCGAAAUAAAUAUUACUCUCUGAACUAUAACUCUCAAUCUCCACACUGCCGAGAUUCAUAAUAACAAAUGGACAACAGUUAAGUCAGCCGUAUGAAAUAAAAUACUUUUCGUUGGACGUUCUAAGAUAUAGUUUUUACCUUUAAAAAAAGUGCUAAUAUUAAUACAUUACAAAACUGUAAUGAAGUCGUGUUUGAGCAUAAAAAAUAAUUUCAAAAUAAUGACAGAUUCAUAAAUAAAUAUAUAUUUUUUUAAAUUUCGAUCAGUUAAUUUGUUGGAGCACCAGGCUUAAACUAUCCCAUGGAUUUCAAUUAAUUUCAGCAUGAAAAUAUGAAUGUCGUGGAGUAACAUUUAGGGCCUUUAUUUUUUAUGCCUAUAUGGAUGCACAUCUAGUUUUUUUUACGUAUGGCUCUAAAAUUAUUCCUGUGAACAAAAUCACAGGCACAGCUAGUAAAAUAUUAAUGAAUUUAUAAAACUUACUUAUAAAAAAAAUAUUUAUUGUUGUGUAUCAUUAGGAAGUUAAGCUUUUUCAUAGUAAUAUUUUUCAGUAAUUUUGAUGCAGCUUUUUCAUUUUCUAAAAACCAACCUUUACCUCCUCAUUUAAAUACCUGAAAAGUGUAAACGCUUAAAUAAAAAAUAUAUUUUUAAUUAAUUUUAAAUUAAUAUGUUUUUGUAGACAAAAACAUUGCCUUAAAAUAUAUACAAACUACCAAUGAACUAAAUAGUGACUAAUCCAGUAUAGCACAGAAUCAAACUUACUAACAUAAUAUUAAAGUUAUUACAUAUUAAGAAUUAUAGUGUUUUAAAAAUCUCUAUGACAUUAAUUAUUUCCACUGACUUGUGGAAAGUUUUACAUUUUUCAUACCGUUAACAUAAUUUACACUCUUUUUUUUUAUGGACGCGUAAGACUGGCGUGAUGCAAGACAUUAAUUCGACCUCCAUCCCCAGCCUUACUUAAUUUAUAAGCACAGAGUUUGGAACCAUGUGAUUCGGAACCCACAAAAAUGUUUGUUUACCAAUCGCAUUAUCUAAUCAUAUGCGACCUACAUCACUACCUAACUUUAAAAUUUCUUGAUUAUCAAUACUCACGUGUAAAUUAAAUCAAAUUUCAAAACAUUGUACAAUUUUACCAUGACGAACGAACUGAAAUCUACUGAUAUAACGAUGUUUCAGUCUAUAGUAGACUAUAAUUUUCAUUUAUUCGCAUCGCUGUUAGUAACCAUAGAAGUAAUUCUGAGACGAAUAUGCUCCUGCCAUUCUGGUGUCAGUAGGAGAAGAGUAGCAAAACUUGACUGACAAAGAUAAGUGACUAACUAACGAGGAUAAUGAGGAAAAAAAGGGGUGAAGAAAGAGCUUGGACCGAACACACAAAAAUAGGAACUGGAGAAGAGACGCCACCGACUAAAAGGAAACAUAAAAAAAUGAGAUAGGUACCACAGACUACGAAAUAAUGGGAUUCAGAGGGCGCGACUGACUGCGGAAGAAAAGGAAGAAAGAUAGACCAACUGCAGAGAUAUGACCGACUCUGUAAGAGUAGGGAGAGAGACGUGCCCGACUGUGAAGAAUUGGGAGAGAGACGUGCCCGACUGUGAAGAAUAGGGAAAGAGACAUGACUGACUGCGGAAAAGGAGAAAGAGAUAUGGCUGACUGAGGACGAGUUGGUAGAAGGACACAACAGACUCGGAAGACAAGGGAGAGAGAGACACGACAAAUUGAGGAAAAGUAGUAAUAUAGAUUAGACUGACUACAGAAAACAAGAGAAAGGACACGAAGAACUGCUAACUAGUUGAGAUAUCAUUAAUAGGUUAGAGGCAUUUUUGAUUGCAGGGAAGUAGUGAGAUAGAAUGCCGACUGCAGAGUAGUGAUAGAUGUGUCAUAAUGUAUAGCUGUGAUAUAUCACUCUACUGCUGAGUGCGAGAGAUGUGUCAGACUGCGGGGGAGUAGUGGGAGAUGUACCUGACUGAAAAGGAAAUACUGCGUAUGUGACCAACCGCAAGGGAGUAUUGAGAGAUGGAACUCACUCUGGAGAGUAGUUAGAUAUGUCACCAUUCGUGGAGUAGUUAGGUUGAUACCUAGUGUGAGGAGUAGUGGGAAAUGUAACUGACCGUGGGGAGGUAGUUUGAGAUGUGACCGACUGAGGAGUAGUGAGUUAUGUUACCAAUGACUGGAAAUUGUUGGACGUGACGUACAGCGGGGUAGUAAGAGAUGUGACCUAAUAUAGGGAAGUAGAAAAAGGCAUGACUGAAUAUAGGUAUGUGAGAAGUGAAAGAGAUGUAACGGACUGUGGAGGUGUAUUGACAGACAGCGCGACUUUGGGAUAGUAGUGAAAGACAUGUCCGAUUGUGGAGGAGUAGUGAGCGACGUAACCAAUUGUGGGGGAGUAGUGAAAGACUUGACUGACUGUGGGGGGUACAAUGAGACGUAACAGACUUUAAAGGAAGUAUAAAGAGACGUAACUGACUGUGGGAAGCAGUGAGAGAUGUGAUCGACUGUGGGGAGUAGUGAGAUAUGUGAAAAAGGCCUCGGAAGGGCAAUGAGAGAUGUGACUGACUACAUAGGAGGAGUAGUUAAAGGUGUGACCGACUGGGAGGUAAUAUAUUUAGAGACUUGUCCGACAGUGUGGUAGUAGUUAGAGACUUGACCGACUUUAGGGGAGUAGUGAGAGACGUUACCGACUGUGUGGAGAAGUGACAUAGUUGUCCGACUGCGGGGGAGUAGUGAGAGACAUAACUAACUUUGGAGCAGUAGUAACUUGACCGACUGUAUGAGUCCAGUUAGAGAUGUGACCGACUGUGGGGAGUUUUGCGAGAUUUUACCGACUGAGGGGGAGUAGUGAGUGACAUUAAUGGCUGUGUUUGAGUAGUGAGAGAUGUAACGGGCUGUGGAGGAAUGACUAUGGGGAAGAAGUGAAAGAUGUAACAGACUUUGGAGGAGUAGUGAGAGAUGUAACAUAAUAUGAGGAGUAGUGAAAAUGUGACCGACUGAGUUGGAGUAGCGAAAUAUCUUAUUUGCUGUGCAUGAGUAGUGAUAGAUGCAAUCGAUUGUGGAUGAGUAGUGAAUGAUUGGACUUACUUUGUGGGAUUUGUGUGAGACGUUACCGACUUUGUGUAAGUAGUGAGUAAUGUGAGCGAUUGUGAGGGAGAAGUUAGAGGUGUAAUCAACUGCAGGGUAUUAGUGAGAGUUGACAAACUUCAGUGUAAUAUAGAGGAUCAUGUCAGAUUGCAGGGUAGUGAAAAACGAGUUGGGAUCUAUCAUAUGUUGAUGGGAAAGAUUUUUAAGUAGGUUUAAGACUUGAUUUUCAAAGAGGUAGAAAAGGAAAGAGCAAAUAAUUUACCAAAUGUUUUUUGGGACUGAAGACAUGUUUGACUGGGAAGGCAUGGAAAGAAACCUUACUAUUGACCAAGGGGAAGUAAUUGACCUGACUGACUACUGCAGAGAGGGAAACAAUCUUUAUACUACCCAUAGAUAUUCAAAGAGGAUUAAAUUUAUCAUUAAACUCAUUUAGACUACCUAAAGUAACAUUAAUUGAUAGUGACAGUUUCGUAGGCAUAAUGACUGCGAAUAACAUUUACACUAACGGAUAACGAACGGAUGGAGACCAUCACUGACUGUACCAAUAAUAAAUUACACCGACCAAUAACGCCAAACCUUUAAACCCAUCGACUGUGCCUUAACCUAUGCCAAUCGAUGGUGCCCGAGCAUUAUGCCUAACGAUGGUGAACGGCCCUUAUGUCCGCGGCUGGUGACUUUUCCUAUGCUCAUGUACGACGACCAAUCCUUAUGCCCAAAGACGGCAAUCCAUCAAGCCCGUUGUCAGCUCCCGACGUUUACGUCCUUAUGACAGUGAAUGACCCUUGCGACAAUGGAUGGCGACCAUCUAUUGUACCCAAAUAAGACGAUUAACUCAUAAGCCGAUUACACCUACGCACUGCGAACAAUACUUAUACCCACGGUUAGCAACCGUCAUAACCAUCUUGAAGACACCCUAUGAUAUUUUCUUGAUAAUAACUUACAUACCCAUUUAAGUACCCCCCAAUGUAUCGUUUUAAUUCGAAAAUGAUACCUGAUAAGUGACUAUAAUGAUUUACUCCACAGACCAGUGACCGACGUUUAUUCCACAGAUAGGCGAUUAAUGUCUACUCCACACUGAGAGAACAAUGGAUACUCCAUUGACGAGUGACCGACAUUUACUCCACAGACGAGCGACCUACGUUUACUCCACAAACCAGUGACCUAUAUUUACUCCACAGACCAGCGACCUAAUAUUACAUCCCUAGACAAACGACCUAAUUUUACUCCACAGACGAGUGACCGACUGUACAUUAAUACACCAGCGACCUGAAGAACGACAAAUGAUUACUCCAUAGAUAAGCAACCGAUGUUCAAUCUAUAGAACAGCAAACAACAUUUACUACACAUACGAGCACAGUGAGCGACCACAGACGAGCGACCAUAUACAAGCGACUUAACUUUAUUUCAAAAACCAGCGACAGAGUUUUACUCAAGUCCAGCAACCGACGUUUACUUACAGACAAGAGACCGAUAAUUACUUUACAGACGAACGACCGAUGAUUACUCCAUAGACCACCUGACAAUGUUUACUCCAUAGAUCAGCGACCUAUGUUUACUCCACAGAUCAGUGACCAACAUUUACUCUAAUGACGAGCGACCUAAAUUUACUCCACAGACGAGUGACCGAUUGUUAAUCAAUAGACCAGCGACCUACUUUUACUACAUUUACCAACGACUUACUUUUACUACAUAGACCAACGACCAUUGUUUACUCCAUAGGAGAACAACCAAUGGUUACUCCUUAGAUAAGCAACCGAUUUUCAAUCUAUAUAACAGCAAACAACAUUUACUCCACAGACCAGAGACUGACGUUUACUACACAGACGAGAAACCGACGUUUGUUCCACAGACGAGCGACCAAUGAUAACUACAUAUACAAGCGACCGAUCUUUAAUUCAAAAACCAGCGAUCGACAUUUACUCCUAUUCCAGUGAAUGGUGUUUACUCCACAGACGAUCGACGGAUGUUUACUCCAUAUACCAGCGAAAUACGUUUACUAUACAGACAAGCAACUGACAUUUACUCCACAGACCAGCAACUGACGUUUAGUUCACAGACGAUCAACCGAUAGUUAAUCCAUAAAAAAGUGGCUGACGUUUACUACACAGUCUAGUGAUCACGAUUUACUUCACAGGCGAGCAACCUAUCUUUAAUCAAGAGACCAGCAGUCUAUGUUUACUCCACUGAUCAGCGAUCAUCGUUUACUCUAUAGAAGAGUAACUGUAGGUUAUCCCAUAGAAAAUUGAUCGAUAUUUGCUCUUUAGGACACCGAACAAUUUUUACUCCAUAGAUCAGCAACUGAUGUUUACUACACAGAAGAAACAACGAUGGUUACUCCAUAGACCAUGAGACCGACAUUUACUCCACAGACCAGCGACCCACAUUUAUUCCACAGACCAGCGACCCACAUUUAUUCCACAGACGAAGUACAUAUGGUCACUCCAUAAACCAGCGACCGACAUUUACUCUAUCGAACAGCAAACAACGUUUACUUCCCAUACCAGCGACCGAUGUUUGUUACAGAGAACAGGGACCGACAUAUACUUAACAGACCAGCAACCGACGUUUACUCCACAGACGAGCGACUAACGGUCACUCCAAAUAGACGAACCUGUUCUUUAAUUCCAAAACCAGCGACAGACAUUUACUUCAUAGUGCAGCGACUAACAUUUACUUCAAAAACUAUCGAUGGACGUUUACUCAAUGUUUAAUGACCGAAAUUUAUUCCAAAAGCUAGCCACUUACUUAUACACAAAAGACCAGCAACCAACAGACAAUUGACAGAAAUUUACUCUACAGACAAACAACCGACUUUUACUCUACAGAACAGUGAUAUAAUUUACUUUCACCAACCAGUAACAGACAUUUACACAAUAAAAUAUUGACCGAAGUUUAUUCCACAGACCAGCGACUCACAUUUAAACCAAAGACUAGUGACCAACAUUUACUUCACAUCUCAGUGACCAAAGAGUUCUUCACAGAUCAGCUACUGAUGUUUACUCAACAGACAAGCGAAUGCAAUUUUACUGCACAGACCAGCAACCUACAUUUAUUCCACAGACUGGAACCGAUGUUGAUUCUGUAGACCAGCGACCAACAUUUUCUCUACAGAGCAGUGACCGACGUUUACUUCACAGACCAGCGACUGACGAUUAGGCCUACUCCACAGACAAUAACCAAAGUUUACUCCGGAGACCAGUGCUUGACAUCUACUCCUAAGACUAUUGAACUAUGAUUAAAACUAGCGACCGACAUUUACUCCACUAGCAGCUGACAUAUACUUCAAAGACAAGUGAUUGAUGUUUACUUCACAUAUCAAUGACUACAAUUUACUCCAAAGACUAGCGAACGACAUUUGCUUAAAAGAUUAGCAAUCGAUGUUUACUCCACAACUUAGUGAUCGACAUAUACUCCACAGACCAGACUCCAGAAUAUUUUAUUCGCAGACAAUUGACCUAUGUGUUCUCCACAUACCAGCAACAACCAUUUACUCCACAGUCCAGCGAUCGAUAUUUUACUCCACAGACCAGCGACCGACGAUUACUACAGAUACCAGCGACCGACGUUUACUCCACAGACCAGUGACCGACGUUUACUCCACAGACCAGUAUCCGACGUUUGCUCCAGAUACCAGCGACCUAUGUUUACUCCACAGACCAGCAAACAACAUUUACUCCACAGAGCAGUGACCGACGUUUGCUCUAGAUACCAGCGACCGAUGUUUACUCCACAGACCAGCAAACAACAUUUACUCCACAGAGCAGUGACCGACGUUUGCUCCAGAUACCAGCGACCGACAUUUUACUCCACAGUCCAGCGACCGACAUUUUACUCCACUGACCAGCGACCGACAUUUUACUCCACAGUUCAGUGACCGACAUUUUACUCCACAGACCAGCGACCGACAUUUUACUCCACAGACCAGCAAACAACGUUUACGCCACAGACCAGCGACCGACGUUUACUCCACAGACCAGCAAACAACAUUUACUCCACAGACCAGCGACCGACGUUUACACCACAGACCAGCGACCGACAUUUUACUCCACAGACCAGCAAACGACAUUUACUCCACAGACCAGCGACCGACAUUUACUCCACAGACCAGCAAACAACGUUUACUCCACAGAUCAGCGACCGACGUUUACUCCAGAUACCAGCGACCGACGUUUACUCCACAGACCAGCAAACAACAUUUACUCCACAGACCAGUGACCGACGUUUACUCCAGAGACCAGCGACCGACGUUUACUCCACUGUCCAGCGAUUGACAUUUUACUCCACUGUCCAGCGACAGACAUUUUACUCCACUGUCCAGCGACCGACAUUUUACUCCACUGUCCAGCGACCGACAUUUUACUCCACUGUCCAGCGACCGACAUUUUACACCACAGACCAGUGACCGACAUUUUACACCACAGACCAGCGACCGACAUUUUACUCCACAGACCAGCGACCGACAUUUUACUCCACAGACCAGCAAACAACGUUUACGCCACAGACCAGCGACCGACGUUUACUCCACAGACCAGCGACCGACGUUUACUCCACAGACCAGCAAACAACAUUUACUCCACAGACCAGCGACCGACGUUUACACCACAGACCAGCGACCGACAUUUUACUCCACAGACCAGCAAACGACAUUUACUCCACAGACCAGCGUUCGACAUUUUACUCCACAGACCAGCGACCGACAUUUAAUCCACAGACCAAAGACCGACAUUUUACUCCACAGACCAGCAAACAACCUUUACUCCACAGACCAGCGACCGACAUUAAACUCCACAGACCAGCGACCGACAUUUUACUCCACAGACCAGCAAACAACGUUUACGCCACAGACCAGCGACCGACGUUUACUCCACAGACCAGCGACCGACGUUUACUCCACAGACCAGCGACCGACGUUUACUCCACAGACCAGCAAACAACAUUUACUCCACAGACCAGCGACCGACGUUUACACCACAGACCAGCGACCGACAUUUUACUCCACAGACCAGCAAACGACAUUUACUCCACAGACCAGCGUUCGACAUUUUACACCACAGACCAAAGACCGACAUUUUACUCCACAGACCAGCAAACAACGUUUACGCCACAGACCAGCGACCGACGUUUACUCCACAGACCAGCAAACAACAUUUACUCCACAGACCAGCGACCGACGUUUACACCACAGACCAGCGACCGACAUUUUACUCCACAGACCAGCAAACGACGUUUACUCCACAGACCAGCAAACAACAUUUACUCCACAUAGCAGUGACCGACGUUUGCUCCAGAUACCAGCGACCGACAUUUUACUCCACUGUCCAGCGACCGACAUGUACUCCAAUCUGGGGAUUGCAUGUAGGUUUAAGACUUUUGGAGUCUCCAAAAGUCUUAAACCUACAUUCAAUCCCCAGACUAGCAACUCACGAUUACUCCACGGACCAGCGAAUGACGUUUACUGAAUAGAUCUGUGACAGACGUUUACUCCACAAACGAGCGACCGAAGUAUAUUCCACAGAAUAGUGACCGACGUUUGCUCGAAGACAGCGAAUAUGGUUUACUUUUCUGUUCAACUGUUCAACUUAAACAUACUGACCUUACGAACAGACACACAUUUCUUAAUACCGAAAAUUAUUACUUUCCUGACUACUAAGUUUGACAUAUUUUAAUUUCUAUCUAUGAUUUAAAUUUAAACAUUGGCUAAUCUAUAUUUAAUAACAUUUCUAAUUUAUAUAUUAUGAAAAAUGAAUGUGAAAUGGUUGUUAUUAAUACUGUUUUCCAAGAGUGCUUAUUUAAGUAACUUUAUUGGAAUUACUAUGGUUUUGCGAUCUUUACAUUUAAAAAAUCUUUUCGUUGACAUUUGAUUAAUGACAAUUUAAUAUAAUAACAUGGUUGGAAACCUGGCAAGGAUCGAAGAACACCCGUAAGCAAUUCGGUUGUUAUAUUGGGAGAAAAAAACAUAUGCGGAGUCUAUAAUUAAAUAUACAAACUUUAUCAUGCUUGUACUUGAACGCGAGUGAUAAAUAAGAACCAAAUUAUAUAAUAUUCCUAUCAAGACUUUGGCUUAAUUUUAUUAAUUAAUAAUAAUAAUGAUGACUCAAAGUUUGCAAACACAAGCAAGGUAUUAAACUGUGAGUGUCUCAUUCAAAAAAUGUUGACCAGCAUUUUUACUAUAACAACAGGAGAAGAAAAAAUUUCAUGGAACAAUUUUAUAGUUUUUUGCUGGCUAAGAAUAUCAGCACUCUUUGAUUCGGUGCUAAAACUCGCCACUGAGAAUAGCAAGAUCAUUGUUGUCGAUUUAAACUAAUAAUUAGAAUAAUUAUUUUUCUAAUUCAUACAACUGCAAUGUCAGAAGACAAUUGUAAAUCCUCCAGGAAACACUUUUUUUUGCCUAUCUUGCCUAGACUGAAUGAUUUUCAGCUGUAAAGUACGUCAUUGUUUAUAUUAUAUGUUUGUAAUCAUGACUUACAAAUAUAAUUUAAAUGUUAACAAUUUUUAAUAAAUCUAAGUCUUGUACCUGAGAUAAACCACUGUAAAUAGUAUUUCUGAAAACAUGUUUAAUGUAGAUAUGUAAUAUAUCAAAGUUACUGUAAAUAACUUUUAUUAGACCUCUAUGGUUGGUUUACUUAUGUUAUAUUCAAUGUACAACACAUGUUAUAACAUCAUGCGAAGUACUUAUGUAUAGUAAAAGGUGGUAAAUUAAUUUAUAAUUAUUUAUGCAUGAUACUGCGUUACUAUAAAUUAUGUAUUUAUGUUUGAGAAUGUAAAUAUUUUAUUUUGCAUAAUUAUUAAAGGGUAAAGUUUAUUCCACUUUACAACAACUGUUAAUAAAUAUUAGCAAAGAGGCAAAAUGAUAAGGUUCAUAGAUUAAAAUCAACAUAUCAUCUAAAUAAAUCAUUACGUUGUGAAAAUUAAAAGAAAAUGUCAUUCAAAAUAUUUGAUAUAAUUUUUUAAUAAAUAUAGGAU